AUGAUCCAAGAAACCAAAAUUGAACCAAUCCUACAGAUUCAAGGUUCAGCCAACAUACUUUGUGUUCAUGUUCCUAAUCUUAGACGUGUAUUGUUUUGUCAUAGUUUUCAGGACCCCAACAAAAUCGCGCGUGCGUGA